UGGCAGCAGUUGUCAUGGAGAUAACUGCAGGCCCGGCGUCGGUGCGAGGGGUUGUUUCCAUGGAGAUCCCGCCCCGAGGUGCGCUGGCAGCGGUAGAGGAGGACGAGGAGAACGAGCAGUCGGGCUCCGAGGAGCGGCUGCAGCAUCCCGGCCAGCUCCGCCGCCGCGGCCCGACCUCCCGCCAGGGAAACUUUUACAUGCUCAUCGUGAUCGGAGAGAUCGCGACAGAGCACCAGCUGCACACCGCCAGACAGCACAUAGAGCGCGGUAUCCGUUCCUGGGACAUCAAUGUGUCAGAAUGUGACCUGGACCACCAACUACAGCUUUUCAUAACCAGACAUUCCGCCCAGUUCUCAGCCGAGGUCAGAGGUCAAAGGACUCUGCACCACAAAAGUGAUGUUCUUGAAACGGUUGUAUUGGUGAACCCAUCAGAAGAUACCGUUAUCUCUGAGAUCCAUUGUCUUGUAUCUGACCCUGCUGUGCACAAGCUACUGGUCCUGAGUGGGCAGAGUUCUGACCAAGGUGACCUGGUUCUCCAAACUGGAGUGUUCAGUCAUCAAACCUUCUCACGUGUGUUUGCUGAUCCUGGGGUCAGUAAUUUGCUGGUUAAAGCCAGCUCUGGACAGUGGGCAUCACUGACUGUGUCUUGCCGUGGUGAGGCAGGCUGGAGCUCUCUGGGGCAACAGCAACGCAUUAGGGAGUUGCUGAAUUAUAGGCUGAAUCCAGAGCCCAUACUCCCUAAGAUGGAGGGAGUCACUGAGUUUACCGAAUACAUAUCUGAGACUGUGGAUGUACCAUCCCCAUUUGACCUUCUUGAGCCUCCAACCUCUGGAGGAUUCCUAAAGCUGUCAAAGCCUUGCUGCUACAUUUUUCCUGGUGGACGGGGGGAUUCUGCACUUUUUGCCGUCAAUGGUUUUAACAUUCUGAUUGAUGGUGGCUCUGACAGAAGGUCAUGCUUCUGGAAGCUUGUCAGACAUUUAGAUCGUAUUGAUUCUAUCCUUCUUACCCAUAUUGGUGCUGAUAAUCUUCCUGGAAUCAAUGGACUACUUCAAAGGAAGGUUGCAGAACAGGAAGAAGAACAGUCUCAAGGCUCAACCACCUACAGUGAUUGGAUGAAGAACCUGAUAUCACCCGAGCUCGGAGUUGUGUUCUUCAAUGUACCUGAGAAGCUUCGCACAUCAGAAUCGAAUUUGAAAGUUAAGCGAAGCAUUGAGGAAGCCUCUCUUACAUUGCAAUACCUCAACAAGCUAGGAAUUAAGCCUGAGCCUCUUUUUCGAGUGGUUAGCAAUACCAUCGAGCCCAUCACUCUUUUUCAUAAGAUGGGUGUGGGCAGGUUAGACAUGUUUGUCCUGAACCCUGUUAAGGACAGUAAGGAAAUGCAGUUCCUCAUGCAGAAGUGGGCAGGUAACAGCAAGGCCAAGACAGGGAUAGUGCUUCCCAAUGGAAAAGAGGGAGAAAUAUCUGUCCCGUAUUUGACAUCUAUUACUGCUCUCGUUGUAUGGCUCCCUGCCAACCCUACAGAAAAAAUCAUCAGAGUUUUGUUCCCUGGAAAUGCACCGCAGAACAAAAUCCUUGAAGGGCUUGAAAAGUUGAAGCACCUUGAUUUCUUGCGGUAUCCGGUAGCCACCCAAAAAGACAUUAAUUCUGGCAUUUCACCUUCAGCAGUAAAACAAACAAAGCUAAAGCAAAGAACUGACAGCAAAGAAAGUCUCAAAUCAUCUCCCAAGACUCAAGCACCAGCUAAGCCUUUUAAGAAAGAAACCGACGAGCAUGAGGAUGUAUCCAUUGUCGAAAUGAAGAGUGACUCUGUCAACGAGAACAAAAUUGAGAAAAAAGAAGAAAAGAAGCACACCAAGCCAUUGAAACCAAAAACAGAAGUGACAGAAAAGAAAAAAUUAUUGAAGGAGAAAUCACUGAAAAAACACCCCAAGGAAAGGGUGUCCAAAAUGGAUGAAAAGAAAGACAAAGAAAAGAGGGAAGUUAAGAAAGAAAAACGUGAAAUUAAAAAAGAUGAUGCUGUGAAAAAAGAUGAGAAAAAGGUUAAAACCAAGGACACUUUAAAACCUGAACUGAGAAAAAUAACUAAACCUGACCUGAAACCUUUUACACCAGAGGUGAGGAAGACCCUCCACAAGGCCAAAACCCAAGGGAAACCCAAAACAAUAAAGAGCAAACCUACAACUGCCAAGUUAGAGAGUGCAAGAAUUGUGGCAGAACCAGUGGCUGAGAAGAUUGAACCUGAGAAACCGGAGAAUGGGACAAGAAAAGUAAUAUCUGCUCCAUCUACUCCAGAAGAUUUAACAAAAGACUUUGAUGAAAUGAGACCCACUGAAAUGACAGAUCACUCUGAAGCCCCUAAAAGUGCCCUUACUGUCUCCGGAUUACCAGCUAAAAGAGAUGAUGAUGUAGCAGAGGAGCAAGAACAAGAUCAUGUUACAGAAACCGAUAUUGUGGAACAAAAAGCUACAGAAAAAGAAGCAGCGCCAUCAGCAGAAAUCCAAGAGGUGCCGUCAGCAGAAGUGAAAGAACAACAGGAUGAGCCCCAAACAUCAGAAUUAGAGAAAUUUGAGGAUGAGGGUGCUGCAAUUGAAGAUGAAGAUGAGGAAGAGGUUGAGACACAGCCUGUUAGAAAGAAGAUAGAGGAGGAGGAGGAAGACAUGGGAAUAGGAGAUGAAGAGGAUGAAGGGGCAAUAAAGGAAACUAAAGACUUAGAGGGAGUGGACAGAAAACAUGAAGUUGAGGAAAUGGAGAAGCAAAAACAAGUGGAGGAAAGAAAGACUGAAGCUGAAGAGGAGCAGUUUGAAGAAGAGGAUGUGAUUGAAAAAGCUGAGCUAGAGGAGGCAGAGGAUUUGGAUGCCAUUGCAGAUGAAGAAAUAAAAGAUAUCUCUGCUGAAAAAGUCAAGGAAGAAGAGGAUGCAUACUUGUCAAAUGUUGGAGGUGUUACAGCUGGUAUUACCUCUACAGCCCAAGGAGCUGCAGCAGCAGAAAACUUGUCAUAUAUUCAGGAUGAAACCAUCCCAGGUUACUCUGAGACUGAACAGACCAUCUCAGAUGAGGAGAUCCAUGAAGAAGCAGAGGACAGGAUACCACACCUUCAAUAUGAGGUUGGUAGCUAUGACGUCUCGGUCCCAGACCAACCAGGCUCCUUUGAUGCCAUCCAUGGAAUGAGAGAAAUGCAAGCCGCUGCAAUGGGCAAUGGAACAGGCAAAGUAUUGAUUGGUGCACAGGAGCCACCUAUUUCCAUCUACACCAGUAUAUUUGCAGCGCCAUUAGCUGAAGAGGAACAUGUUUCUUCAGCAACGUCUAUAACGGAGUAUGACAAACUGUCUUCUUUACCCACUUCCUUUGCAGAAGAUCAGUCAGUGGCAUCCGCCACAGCACCUCAGACAGAAGACACUGGAAAAAGUUCCCUAGUCUUGGACACAGUUCAACCGGUUACCCAGACUGAGGCCACCCAAGGAAAAGACUACCUACAUUCAGCUGGAACCAUCUCACCAACAUCCUCCUUGGAGGAAGACAAGUGUUUCAAAUCAUCUCCCUCUGAGGAAUCUCCACCACUUCCCUUAGAAGGCAAAACCGAGGGAAUUGAGAUGGCCGCCCAUUACGGUGAUGAAGAGGAGGAUGAAUAUGAGGAUAAAACACCAAAUGUUGACAUUUCACUUGGAAAGUUACAAGUAGCAUAUGCCUCACUUGAUAAACUUGAACACAAGGAGAAAGAAAUGGACAAACCCAAAAGUCCCGUGCCUUUAGCUCCUGAUACUUCAUCUGUUGAAAAAUCCUCACCACCUGAGAUGGAGAAGGUAUCAGUAUCACCUUCUAGGGAGGACUCAUCUUUUGAAGCACAAACAAUACUCUCCUCCCCAUCGCACAGUGUUUCUAAGCUUCCCGUUACUGAAGCUAGUGUUUUUCCAGAUGUGGAAGACCGAUGCAUUAGCCCUGAUGACAGCACUGUAAAAAUGGCUUCUCCUACACAUUCUGGACCACCUAGUGCAUCUCAUUCUCCCCUCAGAAUGUCACAUGUGGAAGGGAAGGAUAAAGUUCUCCUUAAAGAGACUCAUCAAGAACCAGGAGUGCCACUUAGCCCCGCUGAAAUUAAAUCUGAAAAGGAGAGUGCAAAACAAAAACCUGGUGUUUUAGAUGAGAAAGAAAUACCUCAAGCAGAGGAGGAAGAAAAGAAGAGAAUCCAGGAAGCAACCUCUGUACCAUCUCCACUUGUUGAUGACUUGCCAGCUAAAAAAGAAAGUCUACCAGUUCUACCAUUAAAAGAAAUAAGUGAUACAAAGGCAAUGCCUGAUCCAAGUGUUGAGAAGAAGGGCAAAGUUGAAGAGGACUUAAAAGAGAGCAGCAAGGCUGUAAUUCUUGAGGGUAAAGAUAGCAAGUUAUCUGAUGAUCAUGACGUUGAAGAAACUUGUGAUUUAAAAUUGUCCACACAUGAAGAGAAAAAAGAGGAGAAAGAAAAGGAGGGUGAGAGAGAUGAUGCUGAAGGGAAGCAUAAGGAGAACGACCAAUUAUUAAAGUAUGCAGAGGUUACAGAUAAAGGUGAUGUAAUAUCAGAACCAGAAAAAGCAGCAUUGCCAUCUAAAGAGGAUUUUGAUAAGAAAAAUGCAAAUGAAGAACAGUUUCAAGAUAAGAGUUUUCCAGCAGUUCUGGAAUGUUCCGAGAUAGAAAAACAGGAGAAACAAGAAGAAGAAAUUCAGUCAGAGAAAGCCAAAAUAUCGUCUAAAUUAGACAAGGAAUCCAAAGAGAAAGAUCUGACUGAUAUAUCCUGUCAGUCCAUAGAAAGCCCAGACAUCAAAGCAGAAACAUCAACAUCUCAUGAAUUAGCCAAAACAUUUAUGGAGACACAAGACACAGCAGAGACAGAUAUGACAACUAAACCGGAAAAUACCUCUGAGCAGAAAUCUGAAUCAACUGAUAUUACACAUGAACAGGUGGCUUUAGAGGAAACUGAUUCAUCCGUCUGUAUAAGCCCAUUUAAGGAAGACACAGAUGGCCUCAAAUCUCAAAUACAACAGUUAAGUGAAAAAACAGAUGUUACCUUUAAAGAUGAAGAAAAGUUAGAAAGUAAAAGUGAGGCUGGACUGACAUAUGAUAAAAUGAUUCCAGCUGCCAAAGAACAUGAAGACUCUAGGGAUACAAAUGUAGAGAAAGUAAAAUCUGUGAUGCAAGAGCAAAUUUCCCUCUCGAAACCAGAUGUUCAGUCUACAGAGAUGCAUGUAGAAGUGUCUAUUAUGGAGAAGGAUAUGUCUGCUAAAGUUGAUCAAGAAUCUAAAGGGAUGUCAGCACAAGAGAUGAAAUCUAAUAUAUUAGAGGCAACUCCAGUUGAGACUGAAAUUACUAGUAAACAAGAUGAAGACUUGAAGGAGAAGCUAUUGGAAGAAAAUCAAACCAAACAACAUUUAGAAAAAGCAGAUGUAUCAUACAAAGAAGAGCCUCAAAUAACACAUUCCGUAAUUUCACAAUACACAGAUGAAACUAGCCAAGAUAUGGAAACUGUAGAGGAGACUAUAUCCAAAACACAAAUUUCCAUUUCAGACAAAAUGGAUUCCUCACCAAUAUUCGUCCCGGAACCUAAAGAUGAACCACCAGAAUUGAGCCAAGGUCAAGCUUUCCUGUCUGAAUCUGAGAAAUCAGAUUUGUCUUCUAAAGAUGAUCAGGACCAGAAAAACAAAGAGUUAGUGAAGCUAACUAGCAAACCAGAUGAAGAGUCUAUAGAAUGUCAGACUUAUGAAAAAACAGAUAAGCUUACUAUUUCUAAAUCUGCGCUUGAUUCUGAAGUGAAGAGUGAACCCCAGCCAAUAACACCAGAAAAAGAAGAUAUGCAAGCUAAAGCGGAUGAAAUAAGCAAAGGCAUAUUUGUCAAAUCUGAACAACCAGUUGAGUUUGAAGACAUUUCCCCAAAACCGUAUGAAUCUAAAGAUAAGUGUGUGGAGGAUACUCAACUUCAGAUAUCUACAGAUCAAUCAGUAUCUGAGAGUGCCGCUGCUAAAAGCGACCAACAGUAUGAAGAAAAACACACUGAAGAGACUGUAACUAAAGUACCUCAACCAAGUAUGGCAACAGAUGUGCCAUCUGACACAAAACAAGAACCUAAGGCAAUAUCUGUGGAAGAAAGGCCAGAACAGAUUCCAACAAAAUCAAAAACUGUGGAUUCAAAAUCAGAACACAAUACUGUAGACACACUGAAGAAAAGAGAUCUUCCCAUUGCAGAAGAUAAAACAACUGAUUCGAAAGUAAGCAAAGAGCCUGAGGAGAAAAUAAUGAUAGAAGAUGCAUCAAAAUUGGUGUCAGUUGACACCAAAAUGGACUUGGGAGGCAAACAGAAAUCUUUGGUAGAAUCUUCAGAACAAAUGUUUGAGACCUCAGAUCUGAGUUGUGAAGAAAAAGUGGAAUUGAAAGAUGAACCUAAAGGAGAUAUCAAACAAGACAUAUCAUUACAUGAAACAGAUACUUUCUCACCGUCAGACAUUGGAUUCAAAUUAAAUUUAGAUUAUAAAGAAAAAUUCAUUGAAGAAGCCUCCUCAACUGUGGACAAAACAAAAGACACCAAGUCAACCUUUGAAACUACAUUUCAAACCAAAUUUUCAGAUGAAGAUGAAAGCACUGAGGAGGAUGAAGGAGAUGCUGUUUGUAUGGGAGGGGCUGGUUCAAGACCAUUAUCAGUGGAACUUUGGAAGUCUGAAGAACCAAUGGCAAGCAGUUCUGCACAACCACCUGAGACAAGUAUGAAAAAAGAGGAAAUUGUGGCCCAUUUAGAUGAAAAAGUGUUGACUAGAGAUUCCAGUGGAAUAUCACCUGAACCAGAGGAGUUUAAGGUAAAUACCACAUCACUUACACCCUCUACUACAGAUACAAGUACUAAAGCUGUCUCAGAGACUCUAACUGAGAGCAAACCAACAAGUAUCACACUGCCCAGCUCUGACAGUCAGGCAAGUGAGGAUGACCAACAUGAAACAUUGCUCUCUUCAAAGGAAGCUGCAAAACCUGAGAAGGAGGCUGAGAGGGAAAGGGAAGGAGAACGAGAGGUUACCUCUCCAGGGUUAGAGUUACAUUCUGAUUUUCAAAAGACUGGCAGUGCAGAUGAAAAAUGUGCUGAAAAGACUGAUAGCGAGAGAAUGAAAUCUGAUGACAAGAUGACUUAUGAAGUGGAAAAAGAAAGCUUUGAAGCCUCUAAAUAUGAGCCGUAUGAAAAGCCCAUUUCAAAAGACACUGAAAGAGGAAGAGAGGAAGAGGACCAGUACCCUAGUCUGGAUAGAGAUUUAGAUGACAAUAGAAAAACAAGUCAGGCCACUUUGCUUGGAGCUGCUUGUUCAGUAGAGGAACAAAGUGAUGAUGAGCCAGUGUCUUUCAGCAAGGUUGAUUACCAGACUUCAAGUAUUCACAGCAGCCACAGUGCCUACUCAGAGCAAGACAAUAAGGAGCAAUACCAAGAGGAAGAAUUGGUUAGAGAAGAGAGACCAGAUCUUUUUGUUGACAAUAGUUUUACAUAUGACAGAAAAGCCACUUCGGCAGCAGGUUCAAGCUUGUUUGCCUCUAGUGAUUUGCAAGACAAAUCAGAGAAAUUGGAGAGAGAAGAGAAGGAGAAAGAGGACACACAUUAUCCUCUUCAAGGAAAAGAUGAUGGAAGUCAUGUUAAAUUGUCAGAUAAAGAGCCAUGUACAUCUGCUUCCAGCCUUUCAAAACCUGAUACACAAGAGAAAGACCAUAAAAGAGAAGAAACAUUGGCAAUGCCUCAUUCAGAGGACCUGGACACGACCAAAACCCAUGUGACUGAAGCUUCCCCUCCACAAGGGAUUCUUACAUCAUCACAGGAUAAAAAUCUUCAGAGCCUAACAACUUCAUCAACGUCUGCUUCCGAUGAGAACAAAAUGGAGAGUCCAAUCUCAAGUGAUAGUAACAAAGAUAAAAACAAACUGGAUUCAGCUAAAAGCCAAGGUGACCCGUUUUCUUCUGGUCGAUACUCACCACCUGAAAAGGACAUGCUUGCUGCCAGGUUAUCACCUGAAGAUCCCAGCACCGCCACUCCUGGUUCUUCAGGGCAGUCCAUGAAAGUUGAUGACAAUGUUCUUGCACUUGAGUGCACUGGCAAAACUGAUUCUCUUUCCAGCAAGUCAUUGAUUGUGAGUGCGGAGACUGAGGAAUGCUUNGUCAGAAGCCAAAAAAUAUUUGCAGAAGAAGAGGAUGACUAUGAGGAUGAGGAAGAGGAAGAUGCAAGUGACUUGGAUAUUGAAAAGGGUGCCAGAGAGAUGUCUGAGAAAGAGUCCAAAGUAGCAUUUGAUACCAUGACUGCAUCUAAACCACUCGAAACAAAACAAGAAGAUACUUCUGGUCACUUAGCAUCUGGAGCAACUGCAGAAGAUCUACAGACAGAAACAAUUGGUGAUUCAUCCUCAAAAAAGUCCCCCACAACAGAGCCUUUAUCAGUACCUGGAGAGCACAAGGAUGUAAUCAGCAUGGAGGAUGAACAGUCCAAGAAACAAGAUACUUGUUCAGUCCAAUAUGACAUACCCAAACCCAGCGAUGACAAACAUGAACCACAGAAAACAUCUGAUAAAAAGCAUGAAUUGACUGAAUCCCAAGCUGUUGCUCAAUCAGCCAUGUCUGAUGCAACUUACUCAUCAUCUUCAUCCUUUAGUUACUCUUCUUCAACAUCUGCCUCAUAUUCAACGGGUCAACACCUUGGAGAAUGCCUAGAAACACUGAUUAAUAUUCCUAGUGUCCAACUAAGAUCAGAUGGAGACAGUAUAUCAUAUGAGUACUCAUCGCUAAAAGAGGAAGAAUCGCCCAUUAUGGAUUUACCAUGUUUAAAAAAAGAUGAAUACAUGGAAGUCACAGACCGAAUGACACCUGCUACAACUACAGCUGAAUCAAUAUCGUGUCUUGCCAGGUUUUCUCCUCUCAGUCCCUUGGAGGAAUCCAAAUCGUUUCUUCAAGAUCAAACAUCAUCAGCAGAGGAAAAGUCAGAGGAGGAUAUGUCAAGCAUUAAAUCUGACAGGGAUCAUGUCUCUCAUCCUAAACAUGUAACAGAGGCACAUUCCUCAAAAUCACCAGAAUCAGCAACUUCUGAGCAUGCAACUCAUCCAAUUGUGGUGGCAUCUGCGACAUCUCUCAAGUUUGACAUUGCACCUUUGGAGAAGGCUGACUCUGCAGACAAACAGUCACGGGAAAAAUCCUCUGAUGAUGAGCCUGAGGACAACAAAAGCAUUUUUGAGGAGGGAACCUUGCCAUGCAGAAUUGAAUGUGAAAGAUCUUCAGCUACUGAAAAAUUAAGCACAGCAUCUUUACCAGAGCAACAUGCUGAUGUAAAACCCUCAACAACAAUAUUACAUUCAUUUGAUCUGCAAACCAUAGAUGGGCCAACAGAAAUGACAAGUUCUCAGAAGGUGCCAGUCACAACAUGUGGGACUCUCAGUACUAACACACAAAGUGAACAAAGUAUGAAGCAAGAAGAGGCAGAGAAGUCUAAGGAAAUUAUAGACUUGCCUGAAAAAGUACAGGAGAGGGUUGAAAUGAAAGGAGCAAAAGUGAGCAAGAUGGAAUAUGAAGAGAAGCGUGAGACAGAUGAGAAAGAGGGAGUGCAACAUAAAACAAUUGAGGAAGAACAGAUACAACAAAAAGAUGAAAAGAUGGUCGAAGUGAGGUCAGAAAAGAUGGGAGAGAGCCUAGAUAAUGGCAAGAAGUCAGAGCAGCAGAGCGAUAGUGAAGGGAAAACAGAGCAGUCAAAAACAAAGAAAGAGGUAGAACAAAUUGAAAGAAUUGUAGAAAAGGAAUGUAAAGAAAAAAUGGAAGAGAAGAAAGAGCAAACAGAAGAAGAAGUGAUGGAAAAAGACAGCAAAAAAACAGAUACAGUUGAGUCUAGCCAGCAUAGUGCCCUUGCAUCCACUAUACAGCAUGAGGAUUUUGAAUGUCUGAAGGCUCCACCUGGCUAUGGGGAAGAUGUUUAUGAGGGUAUAAAGGAGGAAAAGGGGGGUGAAGAGGAGGAAGAGAAGUAUGAUUCAAAAGAACGUCCACCCACUCCACUAUCAGGAGCACGGGCUUGUUACCCUGAGGUCUCUAAGAAGUCCGAUGAGGGAUUAACUCGACCCUCUGAUCUCGGUAUGGAGGCCAUGUCCUCACAUUCACCUUCGCUCUUCAAACACCGCAAAGGAGAUAUCUCUCCAUCCUUUAUAAAUCCAAGUCCACAGGAACUAUCAAGUGAGGACGGAGAGGAAGAUGCCAGAAGCGAUCAUUCAAGGGAUGAUGAUGGUGAUGAUCGUGAGCAACACUCUGUCAAAAGGAGAUCUCACAAGCAGCAGCAUCGUCAUCCCCACAGUCACCAUGAAGAUGGUAAGGAGGGAUCGCACAGCAUUCAGAGUGGUACAGCGACUGGGCAUGGCAUUAUGCUAGCAGGGGAGGAAACUCCUCCUACAUCUUUGAGCGAGUCAGUCCCAUCUCAGUCUGACUCCGAUGUUCCUCCAGAGACUGAGGAAUGUCCUUCAAUUACAGCAGAAGGGAACCUUGAUUCUGAUGAAGAUGCAGAACAUCUACCUGUGGACAAAAUGUCUGCAGCUGGCGGCAACGGAGGAAGUCAUCAUUCCUCCUCCCCGAGGAGUCACGAUCCCCCUCCCAUCCCAAUGAAAGACCCUCUUCCUCACCCACCACACCCUGAUGUGUGCAUGGUGGACCCAGAAGCCCUUCUUAAUGGCCAGACCCACACAGAAAGACCAAUGAAGAAGGACCUUAAAACAAAUAGAGGCUUGAGGAAGACACUAGGAAAGUCUGCAUCGCCGGCACGUAAGGGAGAUGCAAAAAGCAGGAGAUCUACUACCCCUGUGAAGCAGACAUCCAAAGACUCCUCACCUCAUGAUCUUAAAAGAAAAGAUUCAGAGAAGACUUUUCGUUUGUCCAAAAUGUCUGAGACACAGGGAUCCAGGGGAGACAUCUACAACCCAGGAAGAGGAUUGGUCAAUGGCGUUAAGAGUAAUGCAGGCUCCAACCUGAAAUCCAGCGCUGGAACUCCACCUGGAUCACCCAUCUACGUCGACCUAGCUUACAUUCCCAACCACUGCAGUGCUAAAAAUGUCGAUCAAGAGUUCUUCAAGCGAGUGCGAGCAGCAUACUAUGUCGUCAGUGGAAAUGACCCAGGCAGUGGUGAACCCAGCCGUGCAGUUCUAGAUGCACUCCUAGAAGGGAAAGCACAAUGGGGCACUAAUCUCCAGGUCACUUUAAUACCAACACAUGACACAGAGGUAACUCGGAACUGGUAUCAGCAGACCCAUGAGAAACAGCAGGACCUGAAUAUAAUGGUCUUGGCCAGCAGCAGCACAGUGGUUAUGCAGGAUGAAUCUUUCCAAGCCUGCAAAAUAGAAUUUUGAAUUGGUUUUCUAUUUAGAGCUUUUCAUUCGUUCCUCAUUCAUUUCUAAUAUUUUAGGUUUAGAUGAGUUGCUCCACCCACAACCAUCCAUCCGCUGCCAUUUAUAGUUUGUAUUCUAAUCCUCAAAAAUGCAACAAAAUCUUAGUGCUGUCAAAGGACUUUAUUAUAUAAGCUUUGGUCCUGAAUCUAUUGAACAUUUUUGAUUGCAUCUGCAAGGCUUUGGCAGAAAACUGAAUGUUCACUAGCUAGCCGUUAUGAAAUAAUAAUGUAAUGUUCAAGUAGGCUAAAGCUGCAAUGCAAAUUGAGUUUUCUCAUAUUCUUUAACAUAACAUAGAGACCAAGUUUUUAUCUUGCCUGUAAUUUGAAUUCAAAGCACAAAAAAGCCCUCUGUGAAUUGGUUAAUACAUCAUCUGAUUCAUGUUCUGCAUCCAUUAUCAUCAAUUUUAACACAUGUACCACAUAUAGACACAGUUGUCCAGCAGAACAUACUCUAAACAUAAGGUCGCAAGGCCUUAGAGCAAACAACCUCUGAGAACAGACUCAAAACAAAAAAGUUCAGAGUAGCUGUCUUGUGAGCUACGGUUACAAGGAGACUAGAUGCAGUCUCUCCAUGAGAUCACAUACCAGCAGAUAGAGUGAAGAAAUAAAUAACUGUACUCUAAAUUGCUAAUCCAAAAAAGAUUUGUGCCAAAUCUCAAUUCUUUCAAAUGCCGAUUUACAAAAUCAAACAUAAUCCAUGAUUUGUGUCCCUUAGGUGACAAAAGAUGGAUCAUUCUCUAUUCAAACAUCAAAGCAAUCCAGUAGUUUUAUCUCAAUAAUGUGAUGAAGACUGUAUAAUGUACAUGCUUUUAAGAGUAAAGCAAAGUAGAUGGCAUCUUGCUAAACUACUAACCCACUGAUAUGACAUAUUUUGGUUGACUAGGCUCUAAUUUGAUCAUGUGAUCAAGGUUAUAGAAGGCAAAAGGUUAUAGAAAGAGUAACAGUUUUGUGUUUUCUCAGUAUUGCAAUUACUGUACUAAAGCAUGAUGCUCUCUAGCUUGGACUAAACUUUGUAGGUAUAUUAAUCUAGUGAUCUGUUGUGGGGAUCUGUUGGGGUCCAGAUCUCUUUUCCAAAGCAGACUAAUAACGAGCAGCUUAAAUACCAUCUGCCCAUAAAUUGAGUUGACCACUGUUGGAGUCAGAUGGAAAUGGUAUUUUAUUGCCAUUUACAUGAUGUUCUGUUGCUUGAGUGAAAAUAUGACUGAAAUUUAAAUGUGGCCACUUUAAGACCAACAAUGCUAAUAAUGCUUCAAAUAAUCUGUUACAUAUUUUGGUGUAGAGGAUUCAGAUUUGUGACAUACUGAAUGUUUUGUUUGUGUGUUGCUGAUAUGCUUGACCUGAUUUUUUCCCCAAACUGAGAUUCUCUGACUCACAAGCACUUUAGGUUUAACUUGUUUGAAAGGAAACUGGUGGUGGAAAUUACACUAUAUAUCAAAAUGUAGCAGUAGAGACAUUUGUCAUAGAGAGACUUAUCAAUAGAAUUGAAUAGUUGUUGCUGUGAGAGCAGACAGUGAGGGUUACCCUCGUGCCUUUUGCGUGUUGUUUGACAAAGAAAAUGUUAAGUCAUCACACACACACACACACAACAAUAUGUGUACUAACAGAUUUAUUUUGGAUUAACUAAAAUUAGAAAUUCUUUAUAGCCUUACUUCUUUAGGUUUACGCUAAUAAAGUUUUAAUUGACUGAGAAGUUUGAGUAUUAUAAAACAGCAGGCAUUAACGAUUGCACUUUUCUAAAAUGCAGUCAGUUUGGUAGGUAGGCUUCAUGUGAAUAAGUAAUAUUUAAAUUUAUUUGGGGGAAAAAAACAAAUAUAAAAAUUUCAAUUAAAAUGACUAAUCAACAUUUGUUUUUUGGUCUGACGAAGUGGUCAAGAACAACUUUAGCUAGUUAUUAUCUAAAUUAAAUUCUAGGGAGGUCAGUUAUUGAGAACAAAUACACUUAAAAUACUAGAACAGGAACAGUUUAAGAUACAUUUUUGACUUUUGUUGCUAGUAUCAGUACAUUAAUUGGCAUUUUUAUGGGUUAUAUCUUUACAAAUAGUAAAAAUAUGAAUUCAACCUAACCCGAAGUUAUAUCAAUUACAAAACAAGCUAACAAUUAGUGUUUCUGUUUGCACUGAAGGUAAGAAAAACAUUAGCAAUCUGUCAAUGGCUUUAGAAUGCCUUUGGAACUGAAAUAGUCUUGAUUUGACAGUGGCUCAACAUCUUCAGUUACAUUGUGAACAGUAUCUUCAAUAUCAAAACAUCAAGGCCUCACUGGUAAAUGCACAAUUGUUUUGUCCUUAAAAUAACCUUUGCUUUCAAGACAGCAGUGCCAUCAUUCAUACUGUUCCAAAACAAGCUCUGAAACACUGCAUCCUUAACCAUAAUCCAGUAUAUUCACAGUGAGUGGUUCGUUUUUAGUCUAUCUUGAUUUUUUUUAAUGUAAAAGUUAUUAUGCAUUGCAGCAGACUUAGUUUUGUGUUAUUUGAAUAUAGAUUUAAGUUCUCUCAGAGAAGUUGUCUUUGAGAUGGUCAGCGUGACUGGGUCUUUGUGUACUUUUACUAGCUGAGAAUGCACAAGUUAGCAGUGGUGGUCAAAGCCUAAGAACUUAUCUCUAGGGCCUCAAAAAGACAGUAGAUAGACACAGAAUUCUUCACAAAAUCAUACCCAAUUCCAACAAUGUACGCAAACCCACACGGAGACCAAA